AAAAGGGAGUUGACAAGUUGAAACGAAGCAGGUUUAAGUAGAGUUCAUAUUUGUAGAACGGAACGGAAGGCCCAAGCCGUGUAGCCCUCACAUACAAUUCUCAGACUCAGACGCGAAGUUUGGAGAUUCUUCUUUCUUUCAUUUUCUUGUCAGAUGGAUUUGCCUAUAAAACUUAUUUUCGAAGAAUUUGUUUUCGAUCAAACCCUUCUUUUGUCGAGAACUCUUUACUCCACAGCUUCUGCUCUUCACAGUAACACAAUUACGAAUUUUCGGCCUUGUUUCUAACAGAUAAAGCAAACAUGGGUAAACGUAGUAGUCGUGGUAAGAAUGCUUCGAUGUUUGAUAGUGAUGAUGAUGGUACUGGUAGUUCCUCAUCGAAUGCCGUGUCAGAACUGACGGUUUCGGAGAAUGAAGACUUGGAAAGUAACGCGGACGCUGGUGGCAACAAAGUAUUAGAUGAAUGUGUUGAUGCUUUACAUGAAAAGAGGGGAUCUACAAGAGAGAAGGCCUUGUCUAUGAUUGUUGAUGCUUUUACCAACAAACUACAGUAUCAAUUUGUGGAGAAAAACUGUGUUACUUUACUUCAUCCUUGCAUCAAUUCCAUAAAAAAGGGAUCAAGCAAAGAGACAUCUCUAGCUUCACACGCCAUUGGAUUGCUGUCUCUGACGGUUGGUUGUGGGGAUAGUGCAGCUGAAAUUUUGGAAGAGUCGAUUCCUACUCUUUCUCAAGCUCUAAAAUCUGGUUUAGAAUCAACUAAGAUAUCAUCUGUAUUGGACUGUUUAGCUAUUGUCACUUUUGUUGGUGGAAAUGAUCCGGAUGUGACUGAAAGAUCAAUGCAAAUUAUGUGGCAGAUAAUCCAUCCAAAGUUAGGUCCCAAUGUGAGUGCGAGUAAAGCUACACCUGCUGUGCUGACAGCUGCAAUAUCUGCUUGGUCAUUUCUUCUGACAACCGUGAAAGAAUGUAAUUUAAAUUCUAAAAUCUGGCAAGACUCCAUUUCUCACUUUUCAAGUCUACUAGACAAAGAUGAUCGAUCUAUUCGCAUUGCUACUGGUGAAGCAAUAGCUCUUAUUUUUGAGAUUAGACAAGUAGAUAAAUCAUCUGGUGAAGACAAGGGUUCUACUGAUAGCUCAGUUCAGGAAGGGAAUAAUUCCAGAGAAAGAUAUGCUUAUGUACAUGGAUUGAGGGGGAAAAUCCUAAAUCAAGUGAGAAACCUCUCUGUGGAGGCAGGUGGUAAAGGUUCAACUAGGAAAUAUCUAGGCAGCCAACGUAACUUGUUUCGGGAUAUUGUUGAAUUUCUUGAGGAUGGUUAUUGUCCAGAAACCUCAAUAAAGAUUGGUGGAGAUUUUAUAAACACAUCAACAUGGUCACAAUUGAUACAGUUGAAUUUUUUGAAGCGUUUCCUGGGAGAUGGCUUUCCCAAGCAUAUGCAAGAAAAUGAGCUGCUCCAAGAUAUCUUUGAGUUCACGCCAAAGAAAAAACAAGUUUUAGGCAAUGACCAGACUCUGACCAGUGGUCAAAAGAGGAUGUUUAAGUCACCAAAUUCUGUCUACAACAAGGCCAGGACUCAAUUUCUGAACAAACAGCGUCAGUUAUCUCAGGAUAGGAAUGCUGGGCACUUUACAGUUACUGGAAGUGAGGAGACCUAGAUGCAAUUUGCACAAAUUCUAGUGGAUGAUGAUGCUUUCAGGACCAGAAAUUGCAAUAUUGUCAGCUAUAUGAUUCCCCUUAUUAUUUUAUCAGACGAGUUCAAAAUUCUAGAAAAGUAAAAGACCAAGAUUUCAUUCACUACGUUUUUUGGUGGAUGCUGACUCCUGAAACAGUGAAAAGGGGAUUAUAUAGGGGAAGGAAAAAUUAUACGAAACUUUUUCCUACAAGUAGAAGCAUCAGUUUACUUUUAUAUUACAUGAAUGGUUUGAAAGUGUCCAUUAGACAAGUUCAAUAAAAAGAACAUAUUAAUUCAGUACUGAACGGAAUUAGUCUCAA